AUGGAACUACAGUUCAGCAGGACGCAGCUGAGAACACCAUUUACUAUACCACCAAUACUUGUAGCCCUCAGAUCUACGACUCAGGAUUGGUGGGACGAGUUAAUCCGAAUGCCAGCUUACAACGCCAAUGGACACCCCAUGCAACUGGAUGAAGACUUCCUGGAGAGGCGCAUCGCAGACGAACUGCAACUGCUUGGUCGGAACCGCGAUAGAGUGACGAACUAUAUACACGAAACGAGUAUGAUGGGUCAGCUCGAACAGGAAUCCCUAGAAGAACAGAUAGCGUAA